AUGGCUGACGGACCUAGCCUUCACCAGCUGCGAGCGCUCCUCGGAGAUGCAGCCAAGAACCAGGUCGCCAUGAACCCCAUCAACACUGUCCUUGCUCAGAUCCCGACCAACUUCGGCCCCGAGCUGCACGCCUGCCUCCGAUGCCGCCUCGUCAAGACCUACGACCAGAAUUAUCUAUCUGAUGGACCCCAGUAG